UCUUCCUGUGCACCCUAUCGCCCGUCGCGUGACGCGCCAGCUUGCGGCUGACGCAGAGUCGGCAGUCGGGUACGCUAGUGGUCGGCAGGAGGCGGCUACUGGAUAACCAGAGACCGAAGAAAUAACUGGAAUUUCCAUGAAACUGUGAGACAAAGCAUACGGACUGGUGAUCAUCCUAUAGAACCAUGUCCCAGAACAAGAGUGGUUACCCCAUUGCAGGGGAGGACAAUCCCCUUCAUAACUCUGUCUUUGGCCAGCCCAACCCCGCUGGAUUUGCAAUGCCCCCUCCCAACUACUCACAGAACCCAGGAGGGCCCCCGUUCCCCCAGCCUGCUGCUUUUGGGCAGCCCAACUUUGCCCAGGGAAUGCCUGGAUUUGGACAAGCACCCUAUCCGCAAAUGCCCUACCCUCAGGCCCCACAGGGUCCAUACCCUCAAGGACCUUACCCUCAGGGUCCUUACCCUCAGGCAGGAUUUCCUCAGACAGGGUAUCCUUAUCAGCAGGGUCCUCCUCAACCUGGCUACGGAGUAGACCCCGAUGAUCCCCUGAAUAGUCCGGGUUACCAUGGUGAUGUGCCACCAUCUUACUAUGACAACGAGGAGUUCACUGACUCUAAAUGGGAGGAUAAGUCCAUCCGGCAGGCUUUCAUUCGCAAGGUCUUCUUGGUGCUGACUGUUCAGCUGAUUGUGACCUUCUCCUUCGUGGCAGUUUUCACUUUUGUGGAGGAUGUCAAAAUGUUCGUGCGCGGAAACAGCUGGACCUACUAUGUGUCCUACGCCGUCUUCUUUGUGUCCCUCAUUGUGCUCAGCUGCUGUGGGGAAUUCCGCCGCAAACACCCCUGGAACUUGGUUGCUUUGUCCAUCCUCACCUUGAGCCUGUCCUACAUGGUGGGCAUGAUCGCCAGCUUCUACAACACAGAUUCCGUCAUCAUGGCCGUGGGCAUCACCGUGGUCGUGUGCUUCACCGUGGUGCUCUUUUCGCUGCAGACUAAGUAUGACUUCACCUCCUGCCGGGGCGUGCUCUUCGUCUGCCUCAUCGUCCUCAUGAUCUUCUCCAUCCUCUGCAUCUUCAUCCGCCACAAGAUCCUGCACAUCGUCUACGCCUCGCUGGGGGCCCUGCUCUUCACCUGCUUCUUGGCUGUGGAUACCCAGCUUCUCCUGGGCAACAAGAAGCUGGCUCUGAGUCCGGAGGAGUACAUCUUCGCUGCCCUUAGCCUCUACACUGACAUCAUCAACAUCUUCCUGUACAUCCUGGCCAUAGUGGGUCGCAGCCGUGAGUGACGGACCCCUCUCCUCCCUACACAUCCUUCUGGGCGGAGCAAAGAGGAGGCCCAAGCAACUGAAUGUGAACGUCUUUCAUGGUGUGCUUUUUUGACCCCACUUAACCUUAAAGCCUCAUUUGGUGGGCUGCAGGCAUAUUGGCACUAAAUUCUGAUGUCCUGCUCGAAUAAUAGCUCACUAUCAUGCACGUUCCUUGUCAGGGUGCUUUGAAUCGGUCCAUCUGUGUUUUAUCCCCUCUUAAAAGCCUAGUUUUCAGAUUGGCACAGCUAGACCCUUUAAUUCUCAGUUUAUAUGAAGCCCUAGGCCGGCCAGUAUUUAUCAGAGGGAAAAAUGGGAAGCGGGGCCCCUGUAGCUCUCAGGCCUGCUUCCUGGAAUGGUCCUUUUCUAUAGGUGCCCUGGGUCUCCCCUGUGCCACCACACACUUAAAAAUGCUGUUUCACACAGCUGAAAAUGGCCAGGAGGACAGCUCUGAUCAGAUAGACACUCCGCCCUCCUCCAGUGGUCACCUCUGCUUUAAACUGUAGCUGUAAAUGCACAGGCGUUUGCGAUGUUCUGUCCCUCAUGCCCUGCGGAUGAGUUUAACCGAUUAAUGCACAGGUUCGAGCCAAAUUCUGGGGAGACACGCGGCAUGUACACACAAACAAACAUGGAACUUCACUGCAUUUAUUCAUCUUUAAAGAGGAAAAGGAGACGUUUUCUUUCCUGUACAAAAAGGAACAUUAAGAAUCCUGGGUGUAUACAUUGAAGCUUUUUUUUCUUUUUAGUUUUACAAUAAAUCGUCUAGUGUGAAAUGUGAAAAUUACUUGGUUUGUUUUAGUAUGUGUAAACAAUAGAACAAUACCUGCUUAACUAAUUGUACUGUCCCUUCUGUUUAUCGAUCAUACUGUAGACUUCGGAGCUACUUUGGAUUAAAACCAGUAGUACCUUCAGAAGGGGCUUGUCACAUUUCUGGCAUUCUGAAGCAUGCUGUGUGUUGCUGGAAUUUGUGCCGGUCUGAAUGCUCUCAACACUGACCUGUAACCCUUCUAAACACAGAUGGAUAUGAAGUGUUUAUUUUUUCUCCCCAUUUCCACCUGCAUGCAUGCUCUCUACCGCCCCCUGGUUCGGCAUGUGCACGCAGCACAGUCUUACUGCUAGAGCAUUCAGUGAACAAACCAACUUACAAAAAUGCAUUGUGUAGCAGCCCCUGUGUUUGUUUCAAUACCUCUGAUUUAUUUUUUAAACUGUAUUUAACCAUAAAUAAAUAACUUUAAUGUUAUGACGUGUAUAGAAUAUUUAACUUUGUAGUUCUGUUUGCACUGUAAAUUUGCAUUACUCAAAUGGAAUUGUAUUACUCUACUGCUGUUCGCUUUUCAUUAAAACUUAAAAAUAAAAUUGUUAAUGUUGA